AUGACUUCAGGCGAUGCUGGUCAACAGCAUUCACGCCCACAGCAAUCCGAGUCUCCUGCCAAAGCAUCCCCUCCCGCUCCCAGUAAUGCGGGUAGCAACGCAGCGAACCAAAUGAGCUUUAGAAGGCAACGAGCGUCACGAGCAUGUGAGGUAUUGCAUGUCCUUGUUGUUGUACCUAGCAAAGUCUCCGCUAACCCCUAUUUCUUCAUUGCUCCCAGUGACCGAGAAGCCACAGAUGACCGGCCGCAUCAGACCACCGCAGGCAGCGCCUCGUCCUUUCUACGACCGCCGACUGUAUCCCACACAUCAGACGGAACUCCUUCAUCGUCCAUGACUGAAGCACAAGUCCGACAAGAAGAGGUCGACAGCGGAACAUACCUGAAUCUGGUCAUGAAACCCAAGUUCACUCGUGCUCCCAUCACGGAAGCCGGCCGAGUGGCUUUCCUUGGCGAAUCCUCAAACUUGACAUUACUUGUACACGACCGCCAGGGAUCAUCAGAUGUCGUGCACUAUCCGCUGCCUGAAAAUAUACGAGGCUCACGGGCUAGGCUCACAGAGCUAGAUAUUGUUGAGAUUGAAAUCUUACAUCAGAGAGGAGCAUUCCUUCUCCCUCCUCGGUCGCUCUGCGACGAACUCAUCGAGGCAUACUUCAAGUGGGUUCACCCCAUCGUCCCUGUUAUCAACCGCACUCGCUUUAUGCGGCAGUAUAGAGACCCCAAGAAUCCCCCUUCACUUCUCCUUCUCCAAGCUGUCCUAUUAGCCGGCUCGCGGGUUUGCACCAAUGCCCAACUUAUGGAUGCCAACGGGUCUACGACUCCUGCAGCGUUGACAUUCUACAAACGUGCAAAGGCACUGUACGAUGCAAACUACGAAGAUGACCGUGUCACUAUUGUUCAAUCGCUGCUGCUCAUGGGCUGGUAUUGGGAAGGCCCUGAAGAUGUCACCAAAAAUGUUUUCUACUGGAGUCGUGUAGCCACAAUUGUUGCUCAAGGGUCCGGCAUGCACCGGAGCGUCGAGCAGUCUCAACUAAGCACGUCUGACAAACGACUAUGGAAGAGGAUAUGGUGGACUCUGUUCACCCGUGAUAGAUCUGUGGCUGUUGCUCUCGGUCGGCCCGUCCACAUCAAUCUUGACGACUCUGACGUGGAAAUGCUGACAGAAGACGACUUUAUCGAGGAUGAGACGGACCGGGCCAGUGAUUUCCAGCCUGACCCUAUUCAUGUACAAUUUUUUUUGCAGUAUGUCAAAUUGUGCGAGAUCAUGGGACUGGUCUUGUCUCAACAAUACUCGGUUGCUUCCAAGGGACGUCAAAGGAAUGCCAUCGAUUUAACUCAUAGCGACAUGGCCUUAGCCGACUGGCUUCAAAAUUGCCCCAAGAUCGUCUACUGGGAGAUGCCUCGCCAUCACUUCUGGUCUGCUCUGCUUCAUUCAAAUUACUAUACGACGCUCUGUCUCCUGCACCGCGCGCACAUGCCUCCUAGCGGCUCAAGAAGCUUUCCGGACGACUCGCCCUACCCAUCUCGUAAUAUCGCUUUCCAAGCUGCAGCAAUGAUUACAUCUAUUGUCGAAAAUCUCGCCGCACAUAAGGAGUUACGUUACUGCCCGGCAUUCAUUGUCUACAGCCUGUUCUCAGCUCUUAUCAUGCAUGUGUACCAGAUGAGGUCUCCUGUCCCUUCAAUCCAACAAGUUACUCAGGAUAGACUGAGAAGCUGCAUGCAGGCAAUGAAGGAAGUAUCGCGAGUCUGGCUUGUCGGAAAGAUGGUCUACACUCUUUUUGAAUCCAUUAUUGGCAAUAAAAUGUUAGAAGAACGCCUUCAAAAGGCAGGUGGGAAGCGCCAUCGGAAAAUGCAGCAGAGUCUGACCCAAUUGGAGCAGCAGAGUAAAGCUCAAGAUGUUCCGAAGAGGAAGUAUGAUGACAUGGCCAUUGAUUUCACCGCAAAUGCCCCGACACCCCAGGAAUCGUACGAGCGCUCUAGGCCUCAAACACCAAGCACUAUAAAGCCGGAAACUACGUCGGCCAUGCAACCGCCGACUGUCUCCUCUCCCAAUAGUCGACUUAGUGUGGCAGAUACAUUUAUGGGAGGAACCAAUUCGCGACCUGAGACCAGACCUGCAACUCCAUUUAAUCCCUCUUUUUCAGUUCCGGCUACGCCCCCAGAUCUCUACCUCGUUACCAGAAACUCGCCAAAUAUAUCUCAGUCACUUUGGGAAAAUUUCCAACCUGAUCAACUAUUCCCCGAAAGUUCCAGCAUGCCUGCUUUCCCUAACGUAUCCCCGACACAAACACACCACGAUCUGAUGGCGCAGAUGACGCCUAGCAGCAUGUCUCAAAGCCAAGGGAGCAACCAGUUUCAGGCCAGGGGUCAAGGGCAAGGAAACGGUGGCAUACCCAUGCAAGGCUUUCAUGCACCCGCCGGCGUGUGGCAAACCAAUUUGGACGGCGGCGUGCAUGACGGACAAAGUCCAGACAGCUGGAGCACAAGCUCAGCUCAAGGGCAACCUGCGCCUACGACAUUGAACGUGGAAGAUUGGUUUCAAUUCUUUGGCAUCAACGGCGACUCCAGCAAUUUGAAUCUCGAUGUGUCCCUGAGCUGA